GGGGGGGGGGGGGCGGGGAGACAAGAAAAGGUGACGUGGCAGUCGAUCUACCAGCCACGUGGCAUCAAAAAGCAAUACUGACGUGGAAUGGUAAUUCAGUGUUGAAGUAUGGGAACUGGGGUUUUUCCUCCUUUAUGUCUCUGCUCAUUUUCGAGAACGAUACAAGUGUAACUAAUCGAUGAGAUUCACUGUCAUUGAUUGAUGGACUGCAAAAGCUAGCAAUGAAUUUGCUUUCAACGUCUAUUCAUGCUAUCUUCAACCCCAAAAACCAAGCUUUUAAUCCUCCUCCGUUCACUCACAACAUCAGUCACCAGCAGCAGCAGCUACCAAGGAGCUGCGGCGGAACACGGCUGCCUGACUCUCCUCCAAUCAUGCAACACCUUCACAAACCUCCUCCAAAUCCAUACCCAAAUUCUCAAAUUGGGUUUCCAAAAUAACCCUUUAAUUCUCACCAAUUUUGCAUCCAAAUCCUCUGACCUCAACUCGAUUGACUACGCCCAGUGCUUCCUCUUUUCACCCCACUCAAACACUCUUUACUAUGAUGCUUUCCUUUUUAACACUGUCAUCAAAGCUUAUGCUCAAACUAGGAACUUAAAGUCUAAAGCUUUAUGGGUUUUCAAUUUCAUGCUUGAAUGUAAAGUAUUACCUAAUAAUUUCACGUACCCAUUUGUUUUAAAGGCCUGUGCUGGCAUUGGGGACUUGAAUUUAGGCAUGUCCGUGCAUGGGUCGUUGUUAAAAUUUGGUUUCGAUGUGAAUAAUCAUGUUCUAAACACAUUGGUUCACAUGUAUAGUAGUUGCAAAGGAGGGAUUCAAUUUGGUCGGAAAGUGUUUGACGAAAUGACGAGAAAGGACUCUGUUCCUUGGAGCGCUAUGAUUGGCGGGUAUGUUCGUUUGGGGCGGUCAACGGAUGCGGUUGACUUGUUUGGGCAGAUGCAGAUAGAAGGCAUUUGCCCUGAUGAGAUUACCAUGGUUGCUGUUUUGUGUGCAUGUACUGAUCUAGGUGCACUUGAACUUGGGAGGUGGGUUGAGUCUUUUAUUGAGAAGACAGGACUGAAUAAAUCCGUGGAGCUUAAUAAUGCGCUUAUUGAUAUGUUUGCAAAGUGUGGUGAUGUUGAUAAAGCUUUGAAAUUGUUUAGGACCAUGAGUGAGAGAAGCAUUGUUUCUUGGACUUCUGUCAUUGUUGGCUUAGCAAUGCAUGGCCGUGGAUUGCAGGCUGUUUCUUUGUUUCAUGAGAUGAUAAGAGAUGGAAUGGUGCCAGAUGAUGUUGUUUUUAUUGGAUUGCUCUCUGCUUGUAGUCAUUCUGGAUUAGUUGAGAAAGGACAGGAAUACUUUGAUUUGAUGAGGAAGGCCUUUGGUAUUUUGCCUAAAAUUGAACACUAUGGAUGCAUGGUGGAUAUGUUAUGUAGGGCUGGACUUGUUAGAGAGGCAGUGGAGUUUGUUCAAAAAAUGCCUAAUGAGCCAAACUCUAUCAUCUGGCGAACCCUGAUAAAUGCUUGUCGUACACAUGGUGAACUCAAGCUGGGAGAGAGCCUUGCCCGACAACUAAUUGAAAAUGAGCCAAUGCGUGAGGCCAAUUAUGUUCUACUGUCCAAUAUUUAUGCAAAAAUGUUUCACUGGGAGAAGAAAACCAAGAUUAGGGAGGUGAUGGACAAAAAGGGGAUGAGAAAGAUCCCAGGCAGCACUAUGAUUGAGCUAAAUAAUAAAAUUUAUAAAUUUGUUGCUGGAGAUAUGUCACAUAAUCAGUACAAAGAAAUAUUAGAGAAGGUAGAUGAGAUGGGGAGAGAAAUGAAGAGGGCUGGAUAUGUUCCAUCUACGUCAGAGGUUAUGCUUGAUAUUGAUGAAGAAGACAAGGAAGAUAAUUUGAAUAGGCAUAGUGAAAAGCUGGCUAUUGCUUUUGCUCUUAUAAAUACACCACCAGGAACUCCUAUUAGGAUUGUGAAAAAUCUGCGAGUUUGUAGUGAUUGUCAUUCUGCUACUAAGCUUAUCUCUAAGAUAUAUAAUCGAGAAAUUAUAGCAAGGGACCGGAAUCGCUUUCACCAUUUCAAGGAUGGUUUAUGCUCAUGUAAGGAUUUCUGGUAACGAAGUAAUGACAGUUUCAUCAUGUUGGCUUGGUAGAUAGAAUCGUGACAAUUAUAGAGUUAAAUCAUGCUCUGUAUCCUUUCUUAUAAAUCGAGAGAAAUGUCAGUGGUGUGGAAGUUAGUUCCGGGACAAAGUUUUGAGCACAGAUAUGAUGACCGUGCAUGUUUUUCCACUGAAGUAUGAUCUGCUUAGAUGGUCAGAGAUAACUUCUGUUGAUCCUCCGGAAGAAUAUCCCUUAGAAAUAUAUGCUGUAUGCAAGUUUUCAGUGUUUGUGACCACGAAGAUUCUUCAUCUGAAUAUUACUGUUAUGUUUCCUCUUGAUUUAUUCGUGGAUCUCCUGCUUGAAGAACUAAUUUUCUGGUAUGUAUCACAGAAGGCUACAAUGAUCCUGAAGCCUUAAUUUAAAGUGGAGUCAGCAAUUAACCAAAGAAAGAAAAUGGAGUCAGCAGCUUUGUUGGACAGGAUUGCCCUUACUGACUGUGAUUCUAUGUAGUCUUGACAAACCUAUAAAUCAAAAAUUGCAAUGAGGGUGUGGAUUUGAGUUAUCGGAGCUCGUAAUUCUUGUAGAAUUCGCAGCCAACAAAUAUGAAUUAUUUUCAACUUGCAACGACUGACUUUAUGAAUUGUGUGAGUUUGUAUUUAAGUGCUUUUCUAUGUAGAUUGUGGAUAUAAUCCUGGCCCAAUGUAUGGUAGUAUGGCAAUUGAGAGAUGAACUGUUUGUGUUGUUGAUAACUGAAGAAUUGUAGCCGUCUGGUGGGGUAAAAUCUGCACUAAAUCCUAAUUCAGAGCAAACCCCAGGCAGAGCAUGUGAAAUCAUAUCGAGUUGGUUGAGGAGCUAAGCUGGGAAGUUGUGCUAUCAUUGGCCAAUAUAUUCUUUGGAAGAUCAGUAAAGAUUAUGUGACUGAAAAUCACUUCUUUUGAGCUGCAGGCUCCCCUAAAGAAGGUGCUAGUUGGAAGGCUGUAGCAGCUGCCAGUCCAGUGAUUCUUGGAGAUACCACGCUACCAAUGAACUAAUGCUGAUGGUGUCCUCUGUCAGUAUCUUAACAAGAUUUUAUGUCUCCAUGAUAAGUGCUCUAUUCGGCUUGGUCGUUACAAACUUCAUUUUUAUCAUAUGAGGUAUGUUACGAAAAAGAAAGAUGCUAACCAGGAAAAUGCUGGAACAUUCAGCUGUGUUUUUCUGCUUUUUUACAGUAUAAUCUACCCAUCCCACAUGGUUGAAGAUGAUCCCAGAAAUAUCUUCUAGUUUCUAUAUGUGAAGUCUUCUUAUAUCUUACUGUAUUUGACUCAAAUAAAUAUAAUGAUUUUGAUCAAUUUAGGAAAUAUAUUUACAUAUUAAUUUAUAAUUGAAUCCUAGUUGUUUUAGUCCAAUUUCUUUGAACAAUUUUGGUGAUUUUUUACACCUCGCAUUACUCAUUCUUGUGUUUUCUCCUGCCUGAAGCAUUCUAUUCACCAUCCAUCUUCAAAGUAUGAUGAUUCCAAAACUUCCAUGUGCCUUACCAUCCAUCUAGAGUAUAUGUCUACAUAUUCCUGUUCAUUUUCUUAUCUGCAGCAGAGCAAGAAAUUCAAUUUACCUGACAGGACUGGUUAAACUAUUCAUGUGGACCUUAAUGAUCUUUGACAAUACUUGAUCCAAAACGAUGUCUUGAUGCCCCUUCAUGUGAAUUGUCACACAAAUCACCCUUUUCCCUCAGGUUUUCCGCUUUUCACUUUUCUGAGUGAUUGCUCCGAGAAUUAUUGUUGUCUUGGACUCUUUUGUCACCAUUAGACUACUUUUCCUAUGGCAAACUUGUGGGAGAGUACAGCAAAACUGAACAUCCAUUUUGCACAAAUUAUAAUCUCAGAAUUAGGCAGCGUUUACUGCAGACUGCAGUUAACUUUUUUAUUUGUCUCCAUUAAAUUUAGCACUACUGAUCUAAAUCUCCCGAAGACAGCAGUCAGUCAUCCUCUAAGGUCCAGAAACAGGCUUGUAUGUCUCAAGGACGACUUGUAUACUUGCUUAACAGAUUAAACAAAAUGCACCAGAGAUCAUUGGUGUCCACAUACGUAUGCUUUUCCCAUUGGAGAUCUUUAUGUAGGUGACUUCGGAUACUGUAAUGUUGGGAAAAGGGCACUCCAUUUACUUGGAAAGGAUCAUGAUCCUUUGUUCGGACAAGACACAUUGAUAUGCAGGGGAAGAAAGUGAUGAAUAUGGCAAAAAGAUCAUAACCCAAUGCUUUUUCUGGUCAGAAAAAGGAGGGCAAGAGAUUCAUGGCUAUGCUCGAAGUGAAGGCCGUUAGGGGACGCCAGGGGUUGUGGUUGCAUUUAUUGUCCACCUCAGUCUACAUUUGUACUGUGUGGUGGAGCUUU